AUGGCACCGUCACAUAAAUUUUUCACAGACCUUUCCGAUGAUAUGGCUGAAUUAUUAAAUACAGGUGCUGGUUACGAUGUUGUAAUUCAAGUCGGGGAAGAACCAAACGUUAAAGAAUUUAGAACACAUUCAGUAAUGCUAGCAGCAAGGUGUCCAUAUUUUCAAACUGCAUUAUCAAGUAAAUGGGCUAAAAAGCAAGGCGAUAUUUUUAUAUUUCGUAAACCAAAUAUUUCUCCAAAAACUUUUAAGGAAAUCUUGUUAUAUUUAUACACUGGAACAAUUGAUUUGGUUCAACAAGAUGGCACCGAUUUAAUAAAAAUACUCGUGGCUGCCGACGAAUUAGACCUUCAAAAAAUUGUAUUAGUAAUAAAAGAAUACCUAAUCGAUAAUCAAUCCGAACUUUUAAUUAGAAAUCCUAUCCGUUUCGUCCAAUCCGUAUUCCAUUAUGAAAUAUGCACUUCUUUAAGGGAUUAUUGUCUACAAGCAAUUUGUGAAAAUCCACAAAUUAUAUUUGGUUCAUCUGAUUACUUAUCACUUGAUAAACCCCUACUUUUACGACUCUUAAAUUGUGAUAAAUUGGAAAUGGAUGAAAUUGAUAUCUGGCAAAACACACUUAAAUGGGGAAUCGCGCAAAACUCUUUAAAAAUUAAACUUGAUGAAAGGAAUCCUGCAAAAAAUUUAUUACAAUGGACUGAUAAAGAUUUUAUCGCAUUGAGUGAAACAUUACAAGAUUUAAUUCCACUUAUUAGAUGGAUACAUAUUCCUUCAAGUGAUUUCUUACAUAAAGUUAGACCUUUUAAAAAGCUUUUACCUCAAACUCUUUAUGAAGAUAUUCUAAGUUUUCAUUUGGAUUCUGGGAAUAAACCAUUUUCGAUUGAAACUCCUCCCCGGAAAGGUCCAAUUUUUGAUUCAGUCUUGAUGGACUAUCAACAUGUUUGUGCUUUGGCUAAUUUUAAAAUCGCUCGAGUUCAACGACCACAAUAUGCUAUUUAUUAUGAUCGAAAAUAUGGACCUGGAUGGGGAUAUUCUGGUGAUUUGAUUAUUAAAGAUGCUGGUUCAAUUUAUAAUAGUCAGAAAACCAUGACAUAUCCUGAAGCUUCAAAAUUCUUUCAAUAUACGGCCUCAUCAGAAUAUGAUAUUGAUGAAUAUGAAGUUUUUCAAGUUAUAAGAAAACCUGGAUUUAGAGAAAUGAGUAGAGCAAGGUAUUAUUCUCGUGGAUUUAUACGAAUGUUAAAGAGACAAAAUUGGAAUUAUUUUUUCAAAUUAUUAAUUAUGUUAAUGUUUACGUUGUUUAUUGGAUGGAUGAUUAUUAAAUAUGAGAUUUAUUGGAAAGUUUACGAUAUUUUGGAAUGGAUUAUUGCAAAUUUUUAUAAAUCAAUGAAUAACACAGCUAAGAAGAAAAAAGCAAAAGGAUCAAACCAAUUAAAUAUAUAUUAUCGUUGCUAUGACAUAAUUAGUGAUUAG